AUGGCCCGAAGAAACAUCUCCUCCCACUCCGCCUUCGAAGACCAAAUCGGCUACUCCCGCGCCGUAGUCACCCACCCCUGGGUCUUCGUCUCCGGUACAACGGGCUACGACUAUGCCACCAACACCCUGCCCCCCUCAAUCACAGAACAGACCAAAAACACCAUCUCAACCAUAACAUCGACCCUUCAAUCCGCAGGCGCAUCCACGCGCGACAUCGUUCGCGUCCGCUACAUUCUCCCGGAUCGCGCUGACUUCCCGUCCAUCUGGCCGCUUCUUCGCGAGUGGCUUGGUGAGGCGAAGCCUGCAGCCACCAUGAUCCAGGCGGGGUUGAUGGAGGAGGAGAUGAAGAUUGAGAUUGAGGUCACGGCCAUGAUUGGGUCUGGGGGUGAGGCUCAAGUUGGGGGUGCGGUGCCUCCUUAA